UGUGCUAUUCACAUACGUAAUUAGGAGCUGAUGCUCUAUCAGGCUUGCUCUUGCCCAGUGCUGCUCAGGAGGGAGGACUGGAGAGGCUUUGCUCCUAAGGAUAUUUACUAGAUGUUGCUGUGAGUGGGGGAGAGACAGAAGAAUACCCUCAAAAUGGAGGAAGAAGAAUACGAGGAAGUUGUGGAGUAUUACAUUGAAGAGACCACUGUUGAGGAGGGUGAGCCAUAUGAGGUGGUCACUGAGAUCACUGAAACUGUUAGUACAGACUUCACAGGUCCUAAAACUACUACCUAUACUGUUGAACGUGAAAAAUCUGUUGAAUAUGAAAAGUCUGUUGAAGAUGCAGCACCUCCAGUCAAAAAGAAGACAGUACGGACAAAAGUGGACCCAUCUAAGUUUUUGACACCUUACCUGCAACACAGUAAUAAAAUGAAGGACCUGUUCAGUGAAAACAAGUAUAAAGAAAAAUUUAGAAAAGAAAGAGGAAAGCCAUAUGCUUCCACAAUUGAUACCCCAGAAAUUCGGAGAAUAAAGAAAGUGCAAGACCAGCUCAGUGAGGUUAAAUACCGCAUGGCUGGUGAAGUUGCUAAAACUAUUUGCCAUGUUGAUGAAAAGGCCAUGGAUAUAGAACAUGCAAAGAAGGUGUCACAGCAAGUGAGCAAGGUAUUAUACAAACAGAACUGGGAGGAGAAUAAGGACAAGUACCUGCUUCCCCCUGAUGCUCCAGAGCUUGUGAAUGCAAUAAAAAACACCGCAAUGUUCAGCAAGAAACUCUAUACUGAAGACUGGGAAGGAGACAAAACAUUAUUCUAUCCGUACAAUGACAGUCCAGAGCUCAGGAGGGUGGCUCAGGCUCAGAAGACUCUGAGUGAUAUUGUCUACAAAAAAGGGCAUGAUGAGCGAAAAUCUAAAUAUACUCCUCUGCCAGAUCCACCUGAUGUGGAACAAGCCAAGAAAGUGACAAGGCAGCUGAGUGAUAUUAUUUACCAUGAGGACUAUAAAAACAAGAUCAAAGGCAAAUGGACUCAAACUCCAUGCUAUGAUGUUGCAAUUGCAAAAAUGAACGCAGAAAAUCUAAGCAUGAGAAAAUACCAAGAAGACUUUGAAAACAUGAAAGACCAAAUCUACUUUAUGCAAACUGAGACUCCAGAAUACGAAGCAAAUAAGCGAGUUUCAAACAACGUCAGUAAGGUAAAAUACAGAGCAGACUAUGAAAAGAACAAAGCUAUUGCAGAUUAUAACGUGCUUCCUGCUACAGAGAACCCAUUGCUGAAGCAAUUAAAAGCUGCAGGAAAUGCGCUGAGUGAUAAAUUAUACAAAGAAGCCUAUGAACAAUCAAAAGGAACCAGCAUUAAUUACUGUGACACACCAAAGUUCCAGACUGAUAGUGUUCUGAAGAAUUUUAGUGAUGUAAAAUACAAAGAUGCAUAUCAAAAGAAUAUUUUAGGACACUAUGUGGGCAGCUUUGAGGACCCACAUCAGAUACACUGCAUGAAAGUUGAAGCUAUGAAGAGUGAUAAAAAUUACAAAGCAGAGUAUGAAGAGGAAAAGACAAGAUGCUACUUCCCUCAGACCAUAACUCAAGAGUAUGAAGCAAUUAAGAAGUUAGAGCAGUGUAAGGAUCACACCUACAAAAAGCAUCCUGAUCAGACCAAAUUUACUCAAGUGACUGACUCUCCAGUACAGAAGCAAGCAGAGAUCAAUACCAAACAGCUGAGUGAUAUAAUAUAUAAAUCCAAAGGUGAAGAAAUUAUUCAUAAGUACCACCUCCCUCCAGAUGUGCCCCAGUUUAUACAGGCUAAAGUUAAUGCCUACAAUAUUAGUGAUAACUAUUACAAAAUGGGAUUGGAAGAAUUAAAAUCAAAGGGAUAUGAUCUAAAAAGUGAUGCUAUUCCUAUCCAAGCUGCCAAGGCUGCUAGGCAGGCUGUCAGUGAUGUUAACUAUAAAAAAGCCUAUGAACUUGGCAAGGGUAAACUUGUUGGCUUCAGGAGCAUCCAAGACGAUCCCAAACUCGUUCAUUCUAUGAAGGUAGCCAAGAUGCAGUCUGAGCGAGAGUACAAGAAGGAUUAUGAGAAGACAAAAACUAAGUACAACAUUCCAUUGGACAUGGUCAAUGUUGUUGGUGCCAAGAAGGCUCAAGAGAUUGCCAGCAACACAAAUUACAAGAACCUCCUCCACCAUUAUACUUACUUACCAGAUGCAAUGAAUGUGGAGCUUUCCAAGAAUAUGAUGGAGAUUCAGAGUGAUAAUGUGUACAAAGCUGAUUAUAAUAACUGGAUGAAAGGCAUUGGUUGGGUCCCCAUUGGAUCACUAGAAGUAGAAAAAGCUAAAAAAGCUGGAGAUGCCUUGAAUGAAAAGAAAUACCGCCAGCAUCCAGACACCAUUAAAUUUACAAGUGUGGCGGACUCUCCAGUAAUGGUCCAAGCCAAACAGAAUUCAGUUCAACUCAAUGAUAAACUAUAUAGAUCUUCUGGAGAGGAAGUUAAACAUAAAUAUACUCUAAGCCCGGAUAUUCCACAGUUUAUCCAAGCUAGAUACAAUGCAGCUAAUAUCAGUGACGCUUAUUAUAAACAAGGCUACCAUGAUCUAAUAGCUAAAGGGAACAAGGUGUCUCUUGAUGCUAUUCCAAUUACUCUAGCCAAGGCUUCGAGAAACAUUGCUAGUGAUUAUAAAUAUAAAGAAUCGUAUGAGAAGGCUAAAGGAAAACAGGUUGGUUUCAGAAGCCUGCAAGAUGACCCGAAGCUUGUUCACUACAUGAAUGUAGCGAAGAUUCAGUCUGAGCGCGAGUACAAGAAAGACUAUGAGAAGACCAAGACUAACUAUCAUGCAACUCCUGACAUGUACAGUAUCCAGGCGGCUAAACAGUCUCAGGAUGUAGCUUCUAAUACUAAUUACAAAAAACUGAUCCAUCACUACACUUAUCUGCCAGAUGCCAUGGAUGUUGAGCUUGCGAAGAACAUGAUGCAAAUUCAGAGUGACAAUGCAUACAAACAAGAGUAUAACAGCUGGUUCAAGGGUAUUGGAUGGAGUCCUCUUGGUUCUCUGGAUGUUGAAAAAGCUAAAAAGGCUGGGGAGGCAUUAAAUGAAAAGAAAUACCGUCAGCACCCAGACACCAUCAAAUUUACAAGUAUACCAGAUUCAAUGCCAAUGGUUUUAGCUCAGCACAACACCAAGCAACUGAGUGAUGUAACAUACAAACAAGAAGGUGAAAAACUGAAACACAAAUAUACCCUGGAUCCUGAUGUUCCUCAGUUUAUUCAAGCCAGGGUCAAUGCCUACAAUUUGAGUGAUGCUAACUACAAAGCAGACUGGAAAAAGACCAUAGCAAAAGGAUAUGAUCUGAAACCAGAUGCCAUUCCUAUCAUUGCUGCUAAGGCUUCUCGGAAUAUUGCAAGUGAUUACAAGUACAAGGAAUCAUAUGAGAAAGGUAAAGGCAAACAGGUUGGAUACCGUAGCCUGCAGGAUGAUCCUAAACUUGUUCAUUACAUGAAUGUGGCCAAAAUGCAGUCAGAUCGUGAAUAUAAAAAGGAUUAUGAAGUUACCAAGACCAAAUAUCAUACUCCGUUGGAUAUGUUCAGCGUGACGGCUGCCAAGAAAGCCCAGGAAGUGAUUACAAAUACUGGCUAUAAGCAGCCAAUUCACAAUUAUACACUCUUGCCUGAUUCUGUGAAUCUGGAGCUAUCAAGAAAUGUGAUGCAGCUUCAGAGUGAUAAUGUUUACAAAUCAGACUUUAAUAACUGGCUGAAAGGAGUUGGCUGGGUACCAAUUCAGUCACUGGAUGUAGAAAAGGCAAAAAAAGCUACAGAGAUUCUCAGUGAGAAGAAGUACCGCCAGCACCCAGACAAGCUGAAGUACUCUAUUACAAUGGAUGCCAUGGAGCAAGUGCUAGCUAAGCAAAAUGCCAAGACCAUGAAUAAGAGACUCUACACUGACAAAUGGAACAAAGAGAAGACCAGCAUUCAUGUUAUGCCAGAUACUCCAGAAAUUCUGCAGUCUAGAGUGAACCAAGUCACAAUGAGUAAUAAACUUUACAAAGCUGGGUGGGAGGAAGACAAGAAGAAAGGUUAUGACUUGCAGCCAGAUGCCAUUCCAAUAAAAGCAGCCAAAGCCUCCAGAGACAUUGCAAGUGAUUAUAAAUACAAACUAGCCUAUGAAAAAGCAAAAGGAAAGCAUAUUGGAUUCCGCAGCCUUGAAGACGACCCCAAGUUGGUGCACUUCAUGCAGGUCGCUAAGAUGCAAUCUGAUCGUGAAUACAAAAAAGACUAUGAGAAAGCAAAGACUAAUUUCCAUACUCCAGUUGACAUGUUCAGUGUUGUGGCAGCCAAAAAAGCACAGGAAGUGGCUACAAAUGUAAACUACAAAAACUUGAUUCAUACCUACAGGGUUCUGCCUGAUGCUAUGAGUCUUGAAUUAGCCAAAACCAUGAUGCAGAUACAGAGUGAUAAUCAAUACAGAGCAGAAUAUGAUGAAAGUAUGAAGGGUAUUGGAUGGGUACCACUGGGCUCCCUGGAAGCUGAAAAGAAUAAGAAAGCGAUGGAAAUUCUUAGUGAAAAGAAGUAUCGACAGCAUCCAGACAAGCUGAAGUAUUCUGUUCCUCUAGAUUCCAUGAACAUGGCCUUAGCUUUAAAUAAUGCUAAAAUCAUGGAUGAGCACAAGUACAAACAAGCAUGGGAAGAAGACAAAAAGAAAGUUCACAUCACACCAGAUAUUCCACAGAUUGCUUUGGCAAAAGUUAAUGCAUUUAAUCUAAGUGAUAAAAUGUACAGACUUUCUUUUGAAGAAUCUAGGAAGAAAGGGUAUGACCUUAGAGCUGAUGCUAUCCCUAUUAAAGCUGCCAAAGCUUCUAGGGAUAUUGCUAGUGAUUAUAAAUACAAAUUAGGUUAUGAACAAGACAAGGGAAAACUUGUAGGCUUCCGCAGCCUUCAGGACGAUCCCAAACUUGUCCAUUAUAUGCAAGUGGCUAAGAUGCAGUCUGAUCGCGAGUACAAGAAAGGUUAUGAGGAAAGCAAGACACAUUACCAAACACCUUCUGAUACGCUCAGCAUUGUAGCAGCUAAGGAGGCACAAGAUCGCAUAACCAAUACUAACUACAAACGACUGAUUCACAAAUAUAUGCUGCUACCAGAUGCAAUGAGUUUAGAACUGUACAGAAACAUGAAUCAGAUACAAAGUGAUAAUGAGUACAAGCAGGAAUAUAAUGAGUAUUUCAAGGGUAUUGGUUGGAGUCCUGCUGGCUCUCUUGAUGUGGAGAAAUCUAAGAAAGCCAUGGAAAUUGCAAGUGAUCAGAAAUACCGUCAGCAUCCCAGCAUGUUCCCCUUUACAAAACAGAACGAUUCCAUGGACAUGGUCCUUGCAAAGCAGAAUGCAAAUAUAAUGAACAAACAUGCUUAUACUGAAGCCUGGGAGAAGGAUAAAAUUCAGGUUCAUGUGAUGCCAGAUACACCAGAUAUUCUACAAGCAAAACAGAACAAGGCGAACUACAGUCAGAAACUCUACAAGCUUGGCUGGGAGCAGAUGAUAAAGAAAGGCUAUGACCUCACACCUGAAGCCAUUUCAGUGAAAACUGCCAAAGCUUCAAGGGACAUUGCAAGUGACUACAAGUACAAAGAAGGUUACCGCAAGCAGCAGGGACAUCACAUUGGAUUCCGCAGCUUACAGGAUGAUCCUAAGAUGCUGUGGUCUAUGCAAGUUGCUAAGAUGCAGAGUGAGAGGGAGUACAAGAAAGAUUUUGAGAAGUGGAAGACAAAGUUUAAUAUGCCCGUGGAUAUGCUGGGCUUCCUUCUGGCUAAGAAAUGUCAGGAAUUGGUUAGUGAUGUAGACUACAAACGAGUGCUGCACCGCUGGACUUGUCUGCCAGACCAGAUUGAUGUCGAACAGGCAAAGAGGGUUUAUGAACUACAGAGUGACAACGUGUACAAGUCUGACCUUACUUGGCUGAGGGGCAUUGGCUGGUCCCCGAUCGGUUCGCUGGACGAUGAGAAGAAUAAGAGGGCGAGCCUCAUCCUGAGUGACAAGAAAUACCGGCAACACCCAGACACCAUCAAAUUCACGAGCCUUCCCGACUCAAUGCCCAUGGUUCUGGCAAAGCACAACUCUGAAAUCAUGAACCAGCGUGCGUACACGUCAGCCUGGGAGAAAGAUAAAACCAGCAUUCACAUUAUGCCGGAUACACCUGGUAUUUUGCUGGCCCAGCAGAACAAAGUGAACUACAGUGAGAAACUGUACCGGCUUGCGAUGGAGGAAGAUAAGAAAAAGGGCUAUGACAUGCGGGCAGAUGCCAUUCCUAUCACAUCUGCUAAAGCUUCCAGAGACAUUGCAAGUGAUUACAAGUACAAGGAAGGCUAUCGCAAGCAGCGUGGCCACCAUAUUGGAGCCCGUAACAUAGAGGAUGAUCCAAAGAUGAUGUGGUCGAUGCACGUAGCCAAGAUCCAGAGUGACAGGGAGUACAAGAAAGCCUUUGAGAAGACAAAGACACACUUCAGUAGCCCAGUGGACAUGCUGGGAAUCGUGCUGGCCAAGAAAUGUCAGGAGCUGGUCAGUGAUGUUGAUUACAAGCACCCUCUGCAUCGGUGGACCUGCCUGCCGGACCAGAAUGACGUUGUACAAGCCAGGAAAGUGUACGACCUCCAGAGUGAUAACGUGUACAAGUCUGACCUUACUUGGCUGAGGGGCAUUGGCUGGUCCCCGAUCGGUUCGCUGGACGAUGAGAAGAAUAAGAGGGCGAGCCUCAUCCUGAGUGACAAGAAAUACCGGCAACACCCAGACACCAUCAAAUUCACAAGCCUUCCUGACUCAAUGCCCAUGGUUCUGGCAAAGCACAACUCUGAAAUCAUGAACCAGCGUGCGUACACGUCAGCCUGGGAGAAAGAUAAAACCAGCAUUCACAUUAUGCCGGAUACACCUGGUAUUUUGCUGGCCCAGCAGAACAAAGUGAACUACAGUGAGAAACUGUACCGGCUUGCGAUGGAGGAAGAUAAGAAAAAGGGCUAUGACAUGCGGGCAGAUGCCAUUCCUAUUACAUCUGCUAAAGCUUCCAGAGACAUUGCAAGUGAUUACAAGUACAAGGAAGGCUAUCGCAAGCAGCGUGGCCACCAUAUUGGAGCCCGUAACAUAGAGGAUGAUCCAAAGAUGAUGUGGUCGAUGCACGUAGCCAAGAUCCAGAGUGACAGGGAGUACAAGAAAGCCUUUGAGAAAACAAAGACACACUUCAGUAGCCCAGUGGACAUGCUGGGAAUCGUGCUGGCCAAGAAAUGUCAGGAGCUGGUCAGUGAUGUUGAUUACAAGCACCCUCUGCAUCGGUGGACCUGUCUGCCGGACCAGAAUGACGUUGUACAAGCCAGGAAAGUGUAUGACCUCCAGAGUGAUAACGUGUACAAGUCUGACCUUACUUGGCUGAGGGGCAUUGGCUGGUCCCCGAUCGGUUCGCUGGACGAUGAGAAGAAUAAGAGGGCGAGCCUCAUCCUGAGUGACAAGAAAUACCGGCAACACCCAGACACCAUCAAAUUCACGAGCCUUCCCGACUCAAUGCCCAUGGUUCUGGCAAAGCACAACUCUGAAAUCAUGAACCAGCGUGCGUACACGUCAGCCUGGGAGAAAGAUAAAACCAGCAUUCACAUUAUGCCGGAUACACCUGGUAUUUUGCUGGCCCAGCAGAACAAAGUGAACUACAGUGAGAAACUGUACCGGCUUGCGAUGGAGGAAGAUAAGAAAAAGGGCUAUGACAUGCGGGCAGAUGCCAUUCCUAUCACAUCUGCUAAAGCUUCCAGAGACAUUGCAAGUGAUUACAAGUACAAGGAAGGCUAUCGCAAGCAGCUUGGCCACCAUAUUGGAGCCCGUAACAUAGAGGAUGAUCCAAAGAUGAUGUGGUCGAUGCACGUAGCCAAGAUCCAGAGUGACAGGGAGUACAAGAAAGCCUUUGAGAAGACAAAGACACACUUCAGUAGCCCAGUGGAUAUGCUGGGAAUUGUGUUGGCCAAGAAAUGUCAGGGGCUGGUCAGUGACGUUGAUUACCGCCACUAUCUGCAUCAGUGGAUCUGUCUACCAGACCAGAAUGAUGUUAUCCAUGCUAGGCAAGCCUAUGAUCUGCAGAGUGAUAACUGCUACAAGUCUGACCUUCAGUGGUUACGAGGCAUUGGUUGGGUCCCAAUUGGUUCCCUGGAAGUUGAAAAAGCUAAAAAGGCAGGAGAGAUCUUGAGUGACAAAGUAUACCGUCAGCCUCCGGACACAAUUAAGUUUACUAGCAUCCCUGAUUCCGUACCAAUGGUCUUAGCCAAGCAGAAUGCAGAGACAAUGAAUAAGCGUUUAUAUACUGAGGCCUGGGAUAAAGACAAGACACAAAUCCAUGUAAUGCCUGACACACCUGAAAUCAUACUGGCAAAACAGAACAUGCAAAACUACAGUGUGAAACACUACAAGCAGGCCAUGGAAGAAGACAAAAAGAAAGGCUACGAUUUGAGAAGUGAUGCUAUCCCCAUCCAAGCUGCCAAAGCAUCCAGGCAAAUUGCCAGUGAUUACAAGUACAAGGAAGGCUAUCGCAAGCAGCUUGGCCACCAUAUUGGAGCCCGUAACAUAGAGGAUGAUCCAAAGAUGAUGUGGUCGAUGCACGUAGCCAAGAUCCAGAGUGACAGGGAGUACAAGAAAGCCUUUGAGAAGACAAAGACACACUUCAGUAGCCCAGUGGAUAUGCUGGGAAUUGUGUUGGCCAAGAAAUGUCAGGGGCUGGUCAGUGACAUUGAUUACCGCCACUAUCUGCAUCAGUGGAUCUGUCUACCAGACCAGAAUGAUGUUAUCCAUGCUAGGCAAGCCUACGAUCUGCAGAGUGAUAACUGCUACAAGUCUGACCUUCAGUGGUUACGAGGCAUUGGUUGGGUCCCAAUUGGUUCCCCAGAAGUUGAAAAAGCCAAAAAGGCGGCAGAGAUCCUGAGUGAUAAAGUAUACCGUCAGCCUCCGGACACAAUUAAGUUUACUAGCAUCCCUGAUUCCGUACCAAUGGUCUUAGCCAAGCAGAAUGCAGAGACAAUGAAUAAGCGUUUGUACACUGAAGUAUGGAAUAAAGAUAAGACUAUGAUUCACGUCAUGCCUGACACACCAGAAAUCCUGCUAGCUAAACAAAACCAGAUAAACUACAGUCAGAAAAUGUACAGACUAGCUUUAGAGGAGUCGAAGAAGAAGGGUCAUGAUUUGCGUUUUGAUGCCAUUCCUAUUCAAGCUGCCAAAGCAUCCAGAGAGAUUGCCAGUGACUACAAAUACAAAGAAGGCUAUCGCAAGCAGCUUGGCCACCAUAUUGGAGCCCGUAACAUAGAGGAUGAUCCAAAGAUGAUGUGGUCAAUGCACGUAGCCAAGAUCCAGAGUGACAGGGAGUACAAGAAAGCCUUUGAGAAGACAAAGACACACUUCAGUAGCCCAGUGGACAUGCUGGGAAUUGUGUUGGCCAAGAAAUGUCAGGGGCUGGUCAGUGACAUUGAUUACCGCCACUAUCUGCAUCAAUGGAUCUGUCUACCAGACCAGAAUGAUGUUAUCCAUGCUAAGAAAGCCUAUGAUCUACAGAGUGACGCGGUUUACAAAUCAGACCUGGAAUGGCUAAGAGGUAUUGGAUGGGUUCCUAUUGGUUCCAUGGAAGUUGAAAAGGCCAAGAAAGCUGGAGAAAUCCUGAGUGAAAGGAAGUAUCGUCAACCAGCAGACCAAAUUAAAUUUACUAGUGUGACAGAUUCUUUGGCCAUGGUCUUAGCCAAGCAAAAUGCUGAGAUAAUGAACAAGCGUUUAUACACAGAAGCUUGGGAUGCAGACAAAACUUCAAUUCAUGUGAUGCCUGACACACCAUCAAUUUUGUUAGCGAAGGCCAAUGCAGCUAACGUUAGCCAUAAACUUUAUAUACAAGCCUGGGAAGAUGCCAAAAAGAAGGGUUAUGACAUGAGAGCUGAUGCAAUUCCAUUCCGAAGUGCAAAGGCCUCAAGAGAUAUAGCGAGUGACUACAAGUACAAAGAAACAUAUGAGAAGCAGAAAGGCCACUACAUUGGGUGCAAAACUGCCCAGGAGGAUCCCAAACUGCUGUGGGCUGCGCGUGCUAUGCAGCUGCAGAAUGACCGAAUUUACAGGAAGGCAUACCAUGAUUCGAAGUCCCAGGUCCACAUACCAGUCGAUGCAAUAUCAGUGCAGGCAGCCAAGGAUUGCCAGACGCUAGUCAGUGAUAUUGACUAUCGUCAGUACCUUCACCAGUGGACGUGUCUGCCUGACCAGAAUGAUGUGAUCCAUGCCAGGAAGGCAUAUGAUCUACAGAGUGAUGCUGUCUAUAAGUCAGACCUGGAGUGGCUCCGUGGAAUUGGUUGGUUGCCUAAUGACUCUCCAGUUGUUAAGAGAGUGAAGCAUGCCCAGGAUCUUCUGAGUGAUAAUGUCUAUCGUACACCUAUUGAAAGCCUGAAAUAUACCAGUGUUGUUGAUUCUCCAGAUGUUCUUCUUGCUAAAGCAAAUGCCGAACAAGUCAGCAUUCCAAAAUACAAAGAAGCCUGGGAAAAGGACAAGACUAUGAUCCAUAUUAUGGCAGACACACCUGAAAUCAACCUAGCCAAGACCAAUGCUGUUAAUUAUAGUAAGAAACUGUAUAAAGAAGCUUGGGAUGAGGUGAAGACGAGUUAUGAUUUGAGAGCAGAUGCAAUCCCAAUCAAGACAGCCAAAGCUUCUAGAGAAAUUGCUAGUGAUUAUAAAUACAAGCUGGAUCAUGAGAAGCAGAAAGGACAUUAUGUUGGAGUUCCAAAUGCAGAAGCAGAUUCGAAAAUGCAGUUUGCCCUUGGCAUAGGCAAAGUUCAGAGUGAACUGGAAUACAAGAGACACUUUGCCAAAUGGAAGACACAGUGCCAUCUACCAGUAGACAUGCUAUCUAUCGUAUCAGCUAAACAGGGUCAGUCUUUGGUCAGUGAUGUUGAUUACCGUCAAUACUUGCAUCAGUGGAUCUGUCUUCCAGAUCAAAAUGACGUCGUACAGGCUAGGAAGGCCUAUGAUCUUCAGAGUGAUGCUGUUUACAAAUCUGAUUUAGAAUGGCUACGGGGAAUUGGGUGGUUGCCAAAUGAUUCACUUGGAAUCAACCAUGUCAAAUAUGCUGGAGAUCUCUUGAAUGAGAAAAAGUAUCGUACGAAACCUGAAGCUCUUUCAUUUACUCCAGUGGCAGACCGACUUGAUUAUAUCACAGCAAAGAAAAGUGGUGAAAUUCGUAGUGAUAUUAAAUACCACAAAGCAUGGAAUGAGGUCAAGUCAAAUUAUACUGUAACAGAUACACCACAACUAGAUAUGGCCCGAGAAGCAGCCAGAAUUCUUAAUCAGAAUUUAUACAAGGAAAACUGGGAGAAAGAAAAAGCCACUGGUUAUCUUUUACCUCCUGACACUGUGCAAAUCUGUCACGCCAAACGCUCAAAUGAUGUCCAAAGUGAGCUUAAAUACAAAGCUGAAUAUGUCAAACAAAGAGGUCACUAUGUUGGAGUUGCCAGCAUGAGAGAUGAUCCAAAACUGGUGUGGUUUGAGCAUGCGGGCGAGAUCCAGAAUGACAGACUGUACAAAUCAGAAUAUCACAAGACAAAAUCCAAAAUUCACCUCCCUCCCGAUAUGGUGUCAGUUGUAGCAGCAAAGGAAUGCCAGACCUUGGUCAGCGAUAUUGACUACCGCCAGUACCUGCAUGAAUGGACAUGCCAUCCUGACCAGAAUGACUGUAUUCAGGCAAGGAAGGCCUAUGAUCUGCAAAGUGAUAAUAUUUAUAAGUCUGAUUUGGAAUGGCUUCGUGGCUGUGGUUGGAUUCCUCUGGAUUCAGUGGAACACAAGAAAGUUAAGAAUGCACAAGAACUGAUAAAUAAGAGAGCAUAUACAAAAGAAGCCCUUGAUAACUUUUCCAAUUAUACCAGUGUGGUUGACACUCCCGACAUUGUUUUGGCGAAGAUGAACUCCGUCAAUCAGAGUGAUAUAAAGUACAAAGAAACGUUUAACCUUGAGAAAGGCCAGUAUAUUGGGUCUGAUGAUACUCCUGCGCUGAACCAUGCCAAAGACAUGUCCUUGCUAUACAGUGAUAAACGUUAUAAAAAUGCUUGGGAGAUUAGCAAGCCCAUUGGUUAUUCUUUGGAUGAGAAAUAUAUUCCACUUGUUGGAGCAAAGCAUGCAAACUACAUAAAUAGUGAGCUUAAAUAUAAGGAAAUAUAUGAGAAGCUGAAAGGCCAUUACCUGGCUGGGAAGGAGAUUGAUGAUUUCCCCAGUGUCAUUCAUUCACUAGCAUUCCAGAAAAUGAGGAGUGCGUUGGCUUACAGAAAGAAUUACGAAGACACCAAAACAAAUGUCCAUAUUCCAAGUGACAUGAUGAAUCAUGUGCUAGCUAAGAAGUGCCAAUAUAUCCUCAGUGAUCUCGAAUACAAAACUUACUUCCAUCAGUGGAAUUGUUCACCUGAAGAAAAUGAUGUUAUUCAAGCCAAAAGAGCCCAGGAAAUUUUGAGUGAUGUGGUGUAUAAAGAUGACUUAAACUGGCUGAAGGGACUUGGAUGUUAUGUCUGGGAUACUCCACAAAUCCUGCAGGCUAAAAAAUCAUAUGACCUCCAGAGCCAAAUAAAAUACACAGCUGCAGGAAAAGAGAAUUUUCAGAACUUUGGAGUUGUUACUGACACACCUCUCUAUGUGACUGCAGUGCAGAGUGCUAUAAAUGCCAGUGAUGUGAAAUACAAAGAAGACUUCCAUAAAACUAAGGACAAAUAUACAACUGUGACUGAAACAGUAGAUUCUGAAAGAGUUAAUAAUUUGAAAAAUCUCUUUAGCAAUAAUCUCUACAAGAAAGCCUGGGAAAAAGUGAAAGCAACUAGCUAUGCGAUACCCUCUGAUGCUGUAUCCCUAGCACGUGCAAAAGAACUGAAGCAUAAUGCUAGUAUUGUAAAAUACCGGGAAGAAUAUGACAAGUUUAAAGCACUGUACACGUUACCCCGGGGUGUUGAGGAUGAUCCCAAUACAGCAAGGUGCCUUAGAGUUGGAAAGCUUAAUAUUGAUCGUCUGUACAAGGAAGUCUAUGAAAAGACUAAAGCCAAAGUCCACAUUAUUCCAGACAUGGUAGACAUAAUUUCUGCUAAGGAUGCACAGAAGAAAAUCAGUGAAAUCGAUUACCGCACACAUCUUCACGACUGGAUCUGUCUACCAGAUCUUCAAAUCAAUUCCCAUGUUCGGAAAGUAACAGAUCAAGUCAGUGAUGUGAUAUACAAGGAUGAUCUUAACUGGCUGAAGGGUAUUGGCUGCUUUGUUUGGGAUACUCCUGAAAUUCUCCAUGCCAAACACGCCUACGAUCUUCGCAGUGAUAUUAAGUACAAAUCUAAGGCAGAAAAGAUGAAGAAUGACUACACUGUGGUCACAGACACUCCUGUCUAUGUCCAGAAUGUUCUCAGUGGCUUGAAUUUAAGUGAAGCUGUCUAUCGUAGUGAAUAUCUGCACAAUGUUAAAGGCAAAAUGAUUCCUACUGAUAAAACAGUAGAUUUGGAGCGGGCGUAUCAUGCAAACAAAAUACAGAGUGAAAAUUUGUAUCGCUGGGCUGGUGUGAAUGCUCUGCCCACUGGAUACAGCCUUCCCACAGACACUCCCAGCUUUCAGCAUGCUAAACAUGUCCAAUACAUUGGAAGUGAUUUGAAAUAUAAAGAAGCCUAUGAACACAUGAAGGCUAAAGGCUAUACUCUGGGUCCUAAAGAUGUUGGGUUUGAAAAUGUGAGGAAAGUGAAUGAAGUCAUUAAUGAGAGGUUGUACCGGGCAACAUACCACAAGUACAAGGAUAAGAUUCAUACCACUCCAGACACACCAGAAAUCCGUCAAGUCAGAGCAACACAGGAAGCUGUCAGUGAUCUGAUCUACAAGUCAGAUUUCUUUAAGAUGCAGGGACACUUGAUUUCCUUGCCAUACACUCCUGAGGUGUUGCACUGCCGCUACGUUGGGGACAUCACAAGUGAUAAUAAAUACAAAGAAGAUCUGAAGUGGUUGAAGGGCUUGGGCUGCUUCUUGUAUGAUACUCCUGAUAUGGUCCGUGCUCGUCAGCUGCGUAAGCUUUGGUCUAAUUAUGUAUACACUGAUACUGCAAAGAAGAUGUGGGCUAAAUGCAACUUAGUAUUGGAUACUCCUGGAUACAGAGCUGUUCAGGAACUAAAAACUCAUUUGAGUGAACUGGUUUAUAGGGCUGCAGGCAAGGAGCUGAAGACAAAAUACACUUCCAUCCUUGAUACACCUGACUUCUUGAGAGCCAAGCAAGGACAGAAAAUACAGAGCCAGUACUUGUAUGUGGAACUUGCCACAAAAGAGAGACCCCACCAUCAUGCUGAUGGUCAGACACCAGCCUUUACGCAUGCUAGGAAUAUAAAGGACAUGGUCAGUGAGAAAAAGUAUAAAACCCAGUAUGAGAAGAUGAAGGACAAAUACACGCCUGUCCCUGACACACCAGUCUUGAUCAGAGCCAAGAGAGCGUACCUGAAUGCCAGUGAUUUGCGCUACAAAGAAACCUUUGAGAAUACUAAGGGCAAAUACCACACAGUGAAAGAUGCUUUGAAUAUAGUCUAUCAUCGAAAGGUCACCGAUGAUAUUAGCAGCGUGAAAUAUAAGGAAAAUUACAUGAGCCAGUUAGGAAUUUGGAGAUCGAUCCCAGACCGACCAGAGCACUUCCAUCAUCGCAUAGUCACGGAUGCUAUUAGUGAUGUUAAGUACAAGGAAGACUUAUCAUGGCUCAGAGGCAUUGGCUGUUAUGUAUGGAAUACUCCAAGUUUUGUUCUGGCAGAGCAGAAUAAGGUGCUCUACAGUGGGUGUAAGUACAAGGAGAUGUUUGAGAAGACUAAGUCUCAUUUUAAGUAUGUAGCUGAUUCUCCAAUUAAUGAGCAUUUUAAAUACGCAACUCAGUUGAGGGAUAUGAAGUUAUAUAAAGCUGCCUAUGAGAAGCUCAAGGAUAAGUACAGUGUUAUUGUGGAUGAUCCUAAGAACCUCCUGGCCAAGUGGGCGACUACAUUGAGCAGUCAGGUUCAAUACAAAAAGGACUAUGAAAAGAAGAAAGACAAGUACACUAUGGUUGUAGAUACUCCAGAACACUUAAGGACUACAAAAGUCAACAAACAGAUUAGUGAUAUUAUUUAUAAACUGGAAUACAACAAAGCGAAGCCAAGAGGCUAUACUACAAUCCAUGAUACACCUAUGUUACUGCAUGUGCGCAAGGUGAAGGACAGAAUAAGUGAUCUGAAAUACAAAGAAAUGUAUGAGAGGAAUAAAUCUCACUGCAAUGUCAUAGCGGAUUCAGUUCAUAUCAAGACUCCCAGGCAUGCUUACAAGCUAAACAGCAAUCUGGAUUAUAAAAAGAAAUAUGAAGCAGCCAAGGCUCAUUGGCACUGGAUUGCUGAUAGGCCUGACUUUGUUCAAGCAGCCAAGUCGUCUCUGCAACAGAGCGAUUAUGAGUACAAACUGGACCGGGAAAUCCUAAAGGGAUGUAAACUCUCUGUCACAGAUGAUAAAAACACAGUAUUGGCCUUAAAUAAUGCCAUCUUGGCGAGUGAUAUAAAAUACAAAGAGAAGCACAACAAAGCUCGAGGGUCAUACCUUGUGGUUCCAGAUACACCUCAGAUCCUCCUGGCUAAGAAUGUCAGCUCUCUUGUAUCUGAGAACAAAUACAAAGAACACAGCAAGAAGCAGCUUCCACACGGGUCUUACACAACCCUGCCAGAGACACGAGACACUGCUCAUGUGAAAGAGGUGACCAAGAAUGUCAGUGAGACAAACUAUAAAAAGAAGUUUGUGAAGGAGAAAGGCAAAUCUAAUUAUUCUGUCAUGCUGGAGCCUCCUGAAGUGAAACAUGCCAUGGAAGUUGCUAAAAAACAGAGUACAAUUGAAUACAAGAAAGAUGCCAAGUCAAAGCUCCACUAUACACCUAUUGCAGAUCGACCAGAUAUUAAGAAAGCAACUCAGGCUGCCAAGUUAAUUAGUGAUAUUGAAUAUAAAAAACGUGGAGAAGCUGGCAUUGGUGUAAGCAUGCUAGGACGUCCAGAUAUUGAACUGGCAAAGGAGGUGUCCAAGCUAACUAGCCAGGUGAAAUACAAGGAGAAUUUUUCCAAAGAGCUGGGUAAAAAGCCAAAGUAUGAUUUAAAGGAGGCUAAAAUCUACAAGACCAUGAAGGAUGCUCACAACUUGGCUAGUGAGGUGAAAUACAAGGCAGAUUUAAAGAAACUUCAUAAGCCUGUCACUGACAUGUCUGAAUCGCUGAUCAUGAACCAUGUCCUGAGUACAAGCCAGCUCGCCAGUGCUUACCAGUACAAGAAGCAAUAUGAGAAGAGUAAGGGUCACUACCUUGUGGUGCCAGAUAAUCUUGAACAGGUUCAUCUAAGGGAGGCAUCAGAACUACAGAGCCACGUGAAAUACAGAGAAAAGUAUGAGAAGGAAAAAGGAAAACCUAUGUUGGACUUUGAAACACCAACAUACCUUACUGCAAAGGAAUCUCAGCUCAUGCAGAGUGAGAAAGAAUAUAAGAAGGACUUUGAAGAGAACAUUAAGGGCAGAAACCUUACUGGCUUGGAGGUUACACCAUCCUUAUUACACGUCAAAUACGCAACCAAAAUAGCAAGCGAGAAAGAGUACAGGAAGGAUCUGGAGGAAGGUGUCAAAGGCAAAGGACUAACCUCUUUAGAGGAGACUCCAGACAUGCUAAGAGCAAAGAAUGCAACUCAAAUCCUGAACGAGAAAGAGUACAAAAAAGCCUUGGAAUUAGAAAUCAGAGGAAAAGGUCUGACAGAACUGGCUUUGGAGACACCAGAUUUUGUGAGAGCAAAGAAUGCCACUGACAUUGCCAGCCAGAUCAAAUACAAACAAUUGGCAGAAAUGGAGAAAGCCAAUUACACCAGUGUUGUCGAUACUCCGGAGAUUAUUCAUGCCCAGCAGGUCAAGAACCUUUCAAGCCAGAAAAAGUAUAAAGAAGAUGCAGAAAAGAGCAUGCCUUACUAUGUGCCUGUAGCAGACACACCAGAAAUACAGAGAGUCCGUGAGAAUCAGAAGAACUUUAGCACACUUCAGUACCAGUGGGACCUACAGAACAGUAAAGGAAAAGUUACAGUUGUACAAGACACACCAGAAAUGCUGCGUGUGAAAGAAAACCAGAAGAAUUUCAGCUCGAUUUUAUAUAAAGAAGAUAUUGGAACUGGAACAACUAUUGAAAAGACACCAGAGAUGCAGAGAGUUAAGCGAACCCAGGAUGCAAUCAGCUCGGUUAAAUACAAGGAGAGUAUUGGGAAAGGAACUCCGAUUCCUGAUCUUCCAGAAGUGAAGCGUGUCAAGGAGACACAGAAGCACAUCAGUUCGGUGUUGUACAAAGAGGACCUAGGGACAGGUAUCCCAACACCUGUCACUCCAGAAAUAGAGAGAGUCAAACGCAAUCAAGAACACAUUAGCUCGGUGUUGUACAAAGAGGAUGUGGGGACAGGAACCCCAACACCUGUCACUCCUGAGAUUGAAAGAGUCAAACGCAAUCAAGAGAACUUUAGCUCGGUGUUGUACAAAGAGGAUCUGGGGACAGGAACCCCAACACCUGUCACUCCUGAGAUUGAAAGAGUCAAACGCAAUCAAGAACACAUUAGCUCGGUAUUGUACAAAGAGGAUCUGGGGACAGGAACCCCAAUACCUGUCACUCCUGAGCUUGAGAGAGUCAAACGCAAUCAAGAACACAUUAGCUCGGUGUUGUAUAAAGAGAACAUAGGGAAAGCAACCCCAACACCUGUCACCCCCGAGAUGGAAAGAGUUAAACGCAAUCAAGAAAUCAUUAGCUCGGUUUUGUACAAAGAAAAUGUGGGGAAAGUGACCCCAACACCAAUCACUCCAGAGAUGGAGAGAGUGAAACGGAACCAAGAAAUCAUUAGCUCGGUGUUGUACAAAGAAAACCUGGGGAGAGCAACCCCCACCCCUCUGACUCCAGAGAUGGAGAGAGUCAAACGCAAUCAAGAACACAUUAGCUCGGUUUUGUACAAGGAACAUCUGGCAAAAGGAACUCCAACACCAAUGACUCCAGAGAUGGAGAGAGCUAAACGCAACCAGGAAAACAUCAGCUCAGUUCUUUAUUCAGACAGUUUCCGAAAACAAGUACAAGGCAAAGCCGCAUAUGUACUGGAUACACCUGAGAUGCGGCGGGUGCGAGAGACCCAGAAAAACAUCUCUACAGUGAAAUACCAUGAAGAGUUUGAGAAAAGCAAAGGUAGUUUCACACCUGUAGUUACCGACCCCAUUACAGAACGCGUGAAGAAGAACAUGCAGGACUUCAGUGACAUUAGCUACAGGGGCAUCCAACGGCGAGUAGUGGAAAUGGAGCGAAAGCGCGUGGACCAGGAUCAAGAGACUCUCACAGGUCUUCGUGUGUGGCGCACUAAUCCGGGGUCAGUCUUUGACUAUGACCCAGCAGAAGACAAUAUUCAGUCCAGAAGCUUACAUAUGAUCUCUGUCCAAGCCCAGCGCCGAAGCCGGGAGCAUUCCCGCUCUGCCAGUGCCUUGAGCCUCAGUGGUGGCGAUGAGAAGUCUGAACCCUCAGAUGGUGUAGAUCAGCAUUUAUCCUACUACAGCAGCGGGGGCCUGUUUGCCACUACAACAGUGGGCUACAAGCAAGCUAAAACCAUAGAGUUACCACAACAACGGUCAUCAUCAGUUGCUACCCAGCAAACAACAGUAUCAUCCGUUCCCUCUCACCCAUCUACUGCUGGGAAGACCUACCGGGCCAUGUAUGACUAUAUGGCAGCCGAUUCUGAUGAGGUUUCCUUCAAAGAUGGUGACACAAUUGUAAAUGUACAAUCCAUUGAUGAAGGCUGGAUGUAUGGCACCGUCCAGAGAACAGGCAAAACUGGCAUGCUGCCAGCCAACUACGUAGAAGCUGUCUAAACCCACCCAUUAUCUUCCCAUAAAGUGCAUCAGCAUGGCACGGACUCACUGGCUCUGCUCAAGACAGGAGCCUUAUGAAAGGGUUUGUAAUGCUUUCUCCAAAGUGCCUUAAUGUCUUCCAUGUUGAUAGCGCCUUAUGAACUGUGUGGGGGGAAAGAAGUAACUGCAGAGCAAAAACACUCUUGAAAUAUCCUUCCAAAACGUAUUUGAAAAUUACCUGUAAGCACACUACCAGGCAUUGCUCAUAACAGUAUUUCUUCCAAUGCCAAAAACCCCACAACUACAUUUCUAAAAUAUUGCCUGGAUCUUUCAAGCACCACACACACCAUCAUGCAUUUAACUAUGCCAGAACACAAUCCAACUCAGUGUCUCCAGUUUUCCACAUGUACUUAUAACUAAGAUAACCAAAUAUUACUCUAUUCAUUCUCUAGAAAGAGAGCUAUUUUCUGGAGCUAUUCUAAAAUGUUUGAAUUUAUUCACUUCUUUUACAUAUAAGCAAUAUUUAAGCUUAGUAUCUCAAACCAACAUUUAUCUGGGAUUAGGGGGGGGAACCAAACCCCAACCUGAAAGCCUCUCCCUGCUUGCUGAGCUCUUGGGCAUGUGAUUUUCAUGCAACUGUUCUGGGGUCAAAAGCUGUUAUUACGUGUAAAUUAGUGCCUAAAUAAAGCUAACAUUUCUGCA